AUGAGUUCCAUCGGCCUCGUUGUUUUCCGCAACUCGCCACUCAAAGCGCAGGUGCUUCAAGAAUCCGUGAAUAAUUCCGUGAACAUAAGCAAUAAUGACGGGAACAAUGUUAGACGUGAAAUUAUUAUAGUGCGGAAAAAACAAAAGUUACACUCACCGCCGAAUACGGUUUCAGUGUCGCCUCUAGUGCAUGUAGAUUCCGUUAGUCCAAAUAUAUCCACGAAACGACCUAAACUCCGCGAAAGUGUACCAGAUGAAGCUACAAGAAGCCCAACACCUUUAGCAGUGGCGCGACGAAAUGCGCGGGAAAGGAACCGAGUCCGUCAAGUCAACGACGGAUUUUCUGCUUUACGUCGCCAUAUACCCGACGAAGUUGCUGCAGCUUUUGAAAAUGCUAAUUCCAACAGAGGGCCAAAUAAGAAGCUCAGCAAAGUAGAAACAUUACGCAUGGCUGUGGAAUAUAUUCGAAAUCUGGAAAGUCUUCUCAAUAUUGGACACGCUGACAAAGAAAACUUUUCUCAUCCUUCGAUGGAAUCUUUCCCGUCGCCGGCAUCGUCGUCGCCUAGAGAAAAUAGCCAAGAACGGAGCUACUAUUCACUCAACUCCCCUGCACUGGACGACGACGAUAUGGAUGAAGAUGAACUAGAUGGAACGUUACAUCGAAUGCCCACGCAGCAUUAUAUUGAUCUGCAAUCGUCCGAAACAUUUCAAUUAGUUUCCACUUCACACUUAUAUGAGGAAGAUGAAGGUGCUGGACAGCCAAUGACGCCUGCUUCAGAUUUAUUAGGACACGAAGAAGUAAAUCCACAUAUUAUUGACGGCCACUUUCCCUUUCCUUCCUCAGCCGAGCAGUUCUCAGUUAUCCCCGAACAAAGCUAUUGCAGUGAAACGGAUGUGCCUAUAAGUGAGGGUGAUUUUGAAGUGAAGUAUGCGGAAACUAUACAUCAACAGAUUCACUCAAAUUUUGAAGAAGACUCAGGAUUGCCACUGGAGGCAAUCAAUCCUGAUCUUAUAUUAUUACAUAACCAAUAUAAAUACAAAGAAGAAUCGGAUAAUUAUCUCGACAACCAACAAUACAGUGAUGUAGAGCUGAAAAAAGAACUUCCAGACAUCCAAGUCACUCCUGAGGAUCGAGAGCAGUUUGAGGAAACUUUAAAAUGGUGGCAAGAAAAAACUAGACAAGUUCGUUCGCUGUCCAAAAAUGGUCAUUAA